CAUCGGGACACCCAGGAAACCCUCGCUGUUCUCGACAGAUUAGAUUUAGACACGGAGAAACCUAGCGAAGAGGAGAUAGCAAAGAGGUUCGGUUUCGAGGAUGAGUACAUGGAGGGUAGAGUCACCUGGUGGCAACAAACUAAACCAAGAAUCUGGUCAAUGUUCGAUGAACCCUAUUCCUCUUCAGCUGCCAAGGUGAUUGGUGUGAUCUCCGUGUUCUAUAUCUGUAUAUCAAUUCUAUCCUUCUGCUUGAAAACCCACCCUGAUAUGAGAGUCCCAGUGAUACGGAACAUAACGGUUCGGAGCGGAGGAAAUAUGACAUCCUGGACUCUAGAUAAACACAGUACUAACGCUCAUGAUGCCUUCUUCUACAUAGAGUGCAUCUGUAACGCCUGGUUUACAAUAGAAAUAUUAGUUAGGUUUAUUUCCUGUCCAAACAAAUGGGAUUUUCUAAAAUCUUCUGUCAAUGUGAUAGAUUACAUCGCUACCCUCAGUUUCUACACAGACCUGGUCCUACAGCACCUCGUGGCACAUAUAAAGAACGCGGACGUAUUUGAGUUCUUCAGCAUUAUUCGAAUCCUUCGUCUUUUCAAACUUACGCGGCAUUCUUCCGGGCUCAAGAUCCUGCUUCAGACAUUCCGCGCCUCUGCGAAAGAGUUGAUGCUCCUCGUGUUCUUCCUUGUCCUUGGUAUCGUUAUAUUCGCCAGCUUAGUCUACUACGCGGAGAGAAUCCAGGUUAACCCUGGGAAUGAUUUCAGUUCUAUUCCUCUGGGUUUAUGGUGGGCCCUGGUAACUAUGACUACGGUAGGAUACGGAGAUAUGGUUCCUAAAACCUAUCUUGGAAUGUUUGUUGGAGCUCUGUGUGCUAUGGGAGGAGUACUGGUCGUUGCACUUCCGGUUCCGGUGAUAGUCUCCAACUUUGCUAUGUACUAUUCUCAUACUCAGGCUCGAGCUAAGCUACCUAAGAAGAGAAGAAGGGUGAUAAAUGUAGAUAUUCCAGUUGGAGGAGGUAGAAAAGGAGGAGGAAUGACAGCUAACGGAUUGAAAGUUGCUACUCUAGGGAAUAGAAUGGAUCAAGAGAGAACUGGAUCCGAUCAGUCCAACCAAAAAAUCCCUUUGUUGUCUAAACAGACAUCAGAGAUGAAUAUUUAUGAACCUGGAGAAGUUGGGCUUGGAGGUCUAGGAGUUCUAGGGAAUACUGUAGCUCCGACCCUACCUGGAGUUCCAGGGGUAGGAAUACUUGGUAUGGUUACAGGACAAACUCCUCUUCAAGUUGCUAACUGUAUACCUGCUCUAACUGUUCCCUAUCCAGCCACUACACCAUCCUCUCCAACCCAACCUGAGAAACAAACAGGGUUCAACAACAAUCAUCGUGCCAGUAUCGGUAAUGGUAUCACCACUAACGGUAAUGGCAGCGCUGUCAAUGGAAGUAGUGCCAACGGCAACGGAACUUUAAGUGUCAGCUGUUCUGUAGCUAGUGGUUUACCAUUGGUAUUGAGCGUGGCAACUGGUCCCGCUGUUGCUGCAGUUACUCCAGGACUUGUUGAUGUUGUAGUGGACCACUGUACCCCUAACAAAAUAAAUGGGUCAGCUACUAAACCUGAUCCUGUCAUGAGUGAUGAGGGCUCCUCGUACAGUAAUGAUAUAAUAUAUCAAUGUUGACUUUCAGACCAUUCUCUAUCUUUCAAUAUAUCUCUCUAUAUAUAUAUAAUAUAUGUAAGUAUAAUGUAUAUUAUUUUAACUAAAUGUGUAUUCUAUUCAUUUUGUGAAAUGUUUGAAUCAAAUCACAGUUUUGUUUUUGUUAUCUAAAGAAUGAAUCGGAGGUGAUUUUGUGCACAGAGAUUCCCCCCACCCCCUUUCACAGAACUAACAUUUUAUAUUGUCAAAUAUUUUCUAGAAAAAGAAAGAUUUCUUGAACUGUCAGCUUAAUAUUGUAUUAUCUACAACCAGAUUAAAUAUCUUCAAGGUGCAGUUCUGAUUGAUAAAAUAAAGAUAAAACUGACACACGUAUGAUUAAUGAGAUUUUUUACAUAUUUUGAUAAAGGUGAAGCUACCAUUCCUUUAAUUCUGUUGAAAAUAAAAAUCAUUACUGUUCCAAAUUUUGCAACAAUGAACAGAAAUUAAAGCUAAAAGUAAAAGUAUAAAAAUAUGAAUAUUUCUGAAAAAAGAUAAAAAUUAACAACUUUUUCAAAAUAAUCUGAAACCGACCAAACAUAAAAUUUCGAUUUUAAAAAUCAAUACUAAAUAAUCCUCUCAGAUUACUCUGUAAAUUAUAUGAACCAUCCCUUUAAGAAAUAUUCCCCUGGCAAAGAACAUUUCCUGAAAACAUUGUUAAUUGAUUGCAUACUUGUAGAAUUUAAACGCCUUGAUAUACAAAUCAUAUAUGUGAAAUCUGAUUAAUGUUAAGCAUAUAUAAAAUUACUAAAGGGAUUGUCUUUUUAAUUUCAAUCAACCCUCCAUUUUAGCAGUCUUUCACGAUUCACAACGGUACCCAUCAAACCUUUAUCUGAUUAGUAAUGUUGAAGUUCGUUUUUCUAGUUGGGGACUGUCAAUAACCAAGAGAAAUCAUGGAUAUCUCAUUCUAGUUUUCUAGUUGGGAACUGUCAAUAACCAAGAGAAAUCAUGGAUAUCUCAUUCUUGAUUAGAAAAGCUUUUAAGAGGACCGUCGGGAAUAGAACAAGCCUCUCUCUGUAAUAGAGGUUCGCUUCAAAUACGUUUACAGUCCCUUUAAAUUGAUAUUCCACAACUUGUUCUUUAUCUUUAUCUUUAUCUUUAUCUUUAUCUUUAUCUUUAUCUUUAUCUCAAUAUUAUAAAUUGAAAAACAGAUUAGCUUAAAGGCGGGAAGAUUUAAAGAAACACUAUUUGAAACGACAUUCAAUUAGCAAAAAAGAACAUUAUGAAUUUUUGAUAAUAUCUAUCUCACUGUCAAUCCAGUCACUGUAUAUGAAAACUUGAUGAUUUUUAAAACCUUGAAAUUGGUGCAAAUAAAUGAAAACAUUGUUUAUGUAAUCAUGACACUUUAAUACAAUUCCUGUUAAAUAAAAAUAAUUUCUUUAAAUGCAUUUGUUUAUCUUAAAAUUCGGUAAUUCUGAUCAGCAAUUUAAAUAAAAGUAAGAAGAAUAAAUAUUUUUUAUAUUAAAAUACGCUGCUAUGAAGGUUUGCAGUGCUAUAACGUUUUUGGACAGAAAUCUUCUUGUUAUUAAGAAGGCGAGAACCUUUAUAGAUACUGAAAUAUUCAUUUUUGAAAAAUUAUAGACAAAGAAAAUCGGGGACCGGAUUUAAUGAAUUUGAUCCAGAUCUUGUGACGGUUCAACAACAUAGCUUGAAAAUGUGAUUAAGGAGUUGUCCAUGUCCUAUAGUUGAUAACAACAAUGCAGCACCAAGAUAAGUAUUGAAUCGACAGUAUGUUGUUCAGCGACCUGGCUCAAAUCCAUUAUAUUUGGUCCCGGAAAACAAUUUGACUUUAUAACACUGUGCUGUAAUUUACAGCUCAUUUAACAAAAUUGCACGAGGAUUACUUUAUAAACCUGCUAAAAUGAAAUUGAACCUGAACUGAGCAUAUAUGAUAAAGUUUCAUAAAAAAGUAUUUUUAUUCAAAUGUUAACAUUUUUGUAAAGGUGAAAUUGUUACCAUUAUGAUUCAAACUUGACUCUUUCAAAAAUAAUCUAUUAUUUUGUUCAAUAAACAUCAUUUAUAAUCAUAAAUAAUUGUAAA